AAAAUUGAAACUUUUCAACCUUUUGGAGUGUAGCAUAAAAACUAGCCAAAAUUGAGAGCGCAAGAACUCCUUUGGCAGCUUGGAAUGUGAAUGCUCGCAGAUUUUCGAUACUCACUCAGAUCUCUGAUUAACUUUUUGCCUGCAAUUUCACUCAACUUUGUAGAAUUCCCACUCGAAUUCCGUGCUAAGAAAUCAGUCCCUCACAUGGAAGAUUUCUGUGACGAGAUUUCAGGGGGAGAGUGAAUAGAUCAAUCGGGCUCGUGGAAAAUCGAGGACCCGGAUAAGUAGAGGUGGGAAAAGGGAGAUCUUGGAGUUGGGUUUUUUAGAUAUCAGUUCCGACGAUGAAGGCGAAAGGGGCGGCGGCGGAAGUUGUCCUAAACCCGGGUCCUGUAGUUUCUUUUGAUCACAAGAGGGACGCGUAUGGGUUUGCAGUGAGACCUCAACACUUACAAAGAUACCGAGAAUAUGCAAAUAUCUACAAGGAAGAAGAGGAGGAGAGGUCAGACAGGUGGAAGGACUUUCUGGAAAGACAAUGUGAGUCUGCUCAAUUGGCUGCUACUGGGUUAUCUGAAAAAAUUAAUGCCAUAAAGUCGAAUGUUGAGUCGACCAAUGUAACAGCUGAUGAUAGUUCCAAGAAUGAUACUGAAGCUGAUGAUACAAAUGGAGACAGUUUGAGCGAAGAGAAUAAAGAGGUACCAUCUGCAGCAGAAACUAAGGUUCAUUGUGCACAAAUAUGGACGGAUAUCAGACCAUCUCUUCAUGCCAUAGAGGAUAUGAUGAGUUCCCGUGUGAAGAAAAAGGACAAUUUGAUUAAAAAUGAGCUGAAGAAGCAACUUUCUUCCAUUGAAGAGGCUAGACCUGGAAAAGGAGCAUCUGAAGACGACUCUGAGGAAGAGUUCUAUGAUCUGGAGAGAUCAGAAUCAGACCCCAUUCAAGAUAUCGUUGGAACUGAUGGUAUUCCUUCUUUGGACACAGAGGCCGCUGGUCAUGAAUCUCUACCUCCUUGGAAGGAAGAACUUGAAUGUCUUGUUCAAGGCGGUGUCCCGAUGGCCCUAAGGGGGGAGCUCUGGCAAGCCUUUGUUGGUGUUAGAGCACGGCGAGUGGAAAAAUACUAUCAGAAUUUGCUUGCUCCAGAUGCCAACAUAGAAAGUAAAAGCACUGAACUGGAGGACAAGAAUCACGAAUUAAAUGUAGAUUCUGUGGGAAUCUCUGAAAAAUGGAAAGGCCAGAUUGAGAAGGAUUUACCUCGAACUUUUCCUGGUCAUCCAGCUCUCGAUGAGGAUGGUAGAAAUGCUUUGAGGCGUUUACUUACAGCUUAUGCCCGGCAUAAUCCUUCUGUUGGCUAUUGCCAGGCCAUGAACUUCUUUGCUGGCUUGUUAUUGCUGCUGAUGCCAGAGGAAAAUGCUUUUUGGACUUUAAUGGGUAUUCUAGAUGACUAUUUUGAUGGCUAUUAUUCAGAAGAAAUGAUAGAAUCUCAGGUUGACCAACUUGUUCUUGAGGAGUUGGUGCGUGAAAAAUUUCCCAAAUUGGUAAACCAUCUGGAUUACCUGGGAGUGCAGGUGGCCUGGGCGACUGGGCCAUGGUUCCUCACAAUAUUUAUGAAUAUGCUACCAUGGGAAAGUGUUCUUAGAGUCUGGGACGUGCUUCUCUUUGAAGGAAAUCGUGUAAUGCUUUUCCGGACUGCACUUGCUUUAAUGGAAUUAUAUGGACCUGCAUUGGUGACAACCAAGGAUGCCGGAGAUGCAGUCACCCUGCUUCAAUCACUAGCUGGCUCCACUUUUGAUAGCAGCCAACUUGUCUUGACAGCUUGCAUGGGUUACCAAAAUGUUCAGGAAACACGAUUACAAGAACUAAGAAAUAAACAUCGACCAGCUGUCAAAGCGGCAUUGGAAGAAAGAUCAAAAGGAGUUAGAGUUUGGAAGGAUCCCCAUGGUCUAGCUUCUAAGUUGUAUAGUUUCAAAAAGGAUCCAGGUUCAAUGAUGAUAGGAAAUGAUAAAGCAGAACAAGUGGAGACACAGAUGAAUGGUGAUGCGUCACAUUUGGAUUCUUCAUCUGCUGAUGUGGGUGAUUUAUAUAUGAGCUUGAAUGGUAAUGGCGAGAUAGAUUCUGCUAAAGAUCUUGAAGAGCAGGUGGUGUGGCUUAAAGUUGAGUUGUGCAAGGUGCUUGAGGACAAAAGAUCUGCUGAGCUGAGAGCAGAAGAGCUUGAAACAGCACUGAUGGAGAUGGUUAAGCAGGAUAAUCGGCGACAAUUGAGUGCAAGGGUUGAGCAGUUAGAGCGAGAGAUCACUGAGAUUAGGCAAGCCCUUGCUGAUAAGCAGGAACAAGAGAAUGCCAUGCUUCAGAUUCUAAUGAGGGUAGAACAAGAACAAAAGGUCACGGAGGAUGCUCGCAUAUUUGCCGAGCAAGAUGCUGCUGCCCAGAGAUAUGCUGCUCAAGUGCUUCAGGAGAAGUACGAAGAAGCAGUUGCUGCCCUGGCUGAGAUGGAAAAGAGGGCUGUUAUGGCAGAAUCCAUGCUGGAGGCUACCUUGCAGUACCAAUCAGGACAAAACAAACCGAUGCCUUCUCCUCGAUCUGUGCAGCAAAGUAAUCAAGAUGCUUCACAAGACAUGCCAACAAGAAAGAUCAGUUUGCUUUCUAGACCAUUUGGAUUAGGAUGGCGCGACAGAAACAAGGGGAAGCCCACCAGCACCGAGGAGCCAAAUGAUGGGAAAUCAUCGAACGAGGGACAGAAUUUAAUCCCCAAGCAGGAGGAAACCAACGGCCAUCAGGUAGCCGAGACGGCAUAAGAGAAGCAACAGGGCUGCCUGCAUUAUUUCUGGAGUUAUAGAGAGUUUUGUUUGGUAUUAUAGUUCAUCAAAUAGAACUGGUAAUGGUUAUUGUUUGUUUGUUCAUUCAUUUACAAAGAUCAAAGAAUUUAUUAUAAGGAACAUGGGUUUUAGGUAUACCCAAAUUGUAAAGUCUUUGUCACAGUUCUUGUACUACAUAUUCUUUAUAAGGUAUAAGCAACUGCUGUUGAACAGAAA